AGAGCCAGAAACAACCAAAAAUUCUUACGGCCAUGAUGACUGGUUCUGGUUCUCCUUGUGGAGCCUGCAAAUUCUUGAGGAGAAAAUGUGUUAGAGGUUGUAUUUUUGCACCUUACUUUUGCCAUGAACAAGGUGCUACCCAUUUUGCAGCUAUUCAUAAGGUCUUUGGUGCAAGUAAUGUUUCAAAGCUUCUUGCACACCUCCCUGUGACCGAUCGUUGUGAAGCUGCAGUCACAAUCUCUUAUGAAGCUCAAGCUAGACUUCAAGAUCCAAUUUAUGGAUGUGUUGCCCAUAUUUUUGCACUCCAGCAACAGGUGGUCAAUUUACAAGCACAGCUAGCUUUUCUGAGAGAGCAAGCAGCUCAAAGGUGUCUCAAUGCCCCAAAUUCUGAAAACCCUAAUGAGAAGAACUUUGGAAAACCUACUAAUAUUCUCCCUCAAGAUCUUCAAAGUUGGUUCCAGAUGGAAAAUUCCAACAUGUGUUCUCAAUUUCUUCCCGAUUUCUCUUCUUCUACUGAUGAUCUCUCAUCAACAACACAAUAUUAUAAUGGGACUACCACUACUCUCAUGGAUCUAAACCCUAUCGGAAACUAUGAAAAUUCAGGAACCAUAUUGAAAGAAAGCAUCCCAUCAUUUUCUAACUUUGAUGAGCGAUGUAAUAAUUCAAUGUCCUUUGACAACAUGCAAAGACAGUGGACCUAUCAGUAAGUGGCUAAUUUGGUAACUUACAAUUGAGUAAGCUCUAUGAAAGAUCAGAUCAGUCUAUGUGAAAGAAUUGGUGAAGAAGACUUUAUCAAUUUUAAUCUGUUGCUAUAUAUAUAUAUAUAUAUAUAUAUAUAUAUAUAUCUCUGUUAGUAUAAUUUUAUAAAUAAGCUUAGAAAGCCUAGAUGUGUUCGUACAUAUAAUUGGAAUGAAAAUCUACCCAAUUAGCUAGUGUUUGUUUAAUCUGAUUCUAGUGUAAUAUAUAUUGGCAUUUAUUAGAAUAAUAAAGUGUAACUCUAGCUUGGAGAUAAAACAAUGGUUUUGUAUGACAAA